GCGAGCGAGCGAGGUUGAAGAAAUUUUUGAGUUCCGCCGAUUCCGUUUUCAGUUUCUUUUGUCAAUCGUCGCGGUCGGCGUUCUCGUUUACGGAAUCUCUUCUUGAACUGCGUUUGUUCACGACGACCACAAAUUCCAUAAUUAGAUUAGUGUUGUCAGUGGAGAAGUACGGGAACGUUUAUUCCUGCGAAGAAACUCGACCGCGAGUGGAAAACAUCAGAAUGACAUUUUGCUGAGUCAACCCAUAAUUUCCUGUCGCGGGCGGUGCAAAUUGCAUACGUGUUAUUCGUCGGUCUCCGUCCCAUGUCGCUCUGAUUCGCCGGGUGAACAUUAAAAAGUAAUUCCCUCGGAGGUUUUCGACCAACCGGCAAACGGGCGGAACGUGAUCGGUCGGACUGGAAGUGCAAGGACCAGGGAAACGGCAGCAACAAAAUGGAGUUCGCCGAGCUAAUAAGAACUCCCAAGUUGGAUGGCGUUCUGCUGUACGAGCAGCUCAGGCGGGAACCGAUCGACGGAACGCUGUGCAUCACCGGCCACUAUCUGAUCCUCAGCACCCGGAAGGAAGGGGCUCGAGAGCUGUGGCUUCUCCACCAGAACGUGGAUAUCGUUGAACGAAAGCCAAACAUCACCAACAACAUUCUGGAAGGUGGCGUUAUAAUUCUGAAAUGCAAAGACCUUCGGAUCAUCCAGCUGCGUAUCAACAGCCCCCAGGAGUAUUUCAACAUUUCCAACUCGAUAGAGCAGUUGUCGAAUCUGGAGGAAACGAAGAAGUUGUAUCCCUUCUUCUACAUUCCCAUGUACAGUGUGAUGCAGGACGGUCACACGGAGUACGCCGUUGAAACGGAGUUCGCGCGGCAACUCCGCGACCAGGACGAUUGUUGGCGGCUGUCCACAGUGAAUCAGGAUUUUCUCGUUUGUCCCAGUUACGGACAGAAGGUGGUGGUACCGAAAUGUAUUACGGACGAACAAUUGAUCCAAUCGGCUGCCUUCCGAGAUGGUGGUCGUUUUCCUGUCCUUGCCUACAGACACUCGAAUGGGGCUGUGCUGUUUCGGUGUUCCCAGCCAUUGGCAGGACCCGGAGUGAAACGGUGCCGCGCCGACGAAGCUAUUCUGAACUCGGUUGUCGAACCGGGCGGUAAGAAGGGAUGCAUUUUUGAUACCUGGGGAAAAACUAAAUCCACCAACACAGAAGUCGAACCACAUUAUCCCCAGUGGAGGGUACUAAACAGGCCCAUUGGACCCCUGUCCAGCUCGAUUUCCGUUCUGUUGGACAGUUUCUGUAAGCUGAUGGAGGCGUGCAACGAUCUGAACUCAAGCUCCGACAAGUGGCUUUCCCGGUUGGAUGCCUGCGGGUGGUUAAGUUACGUCUUGAGUGCGAUGAAUGUUUCCUGCACCGUGGCCCAGUGCUUAGCCAUGGAAGGUGUUCCGGUGGUGCUGCAUGGAGGCAAAGGACUGGACACCCCGCUCAUCAUCAGCUCAAUUACGCAAAUCAUACUCAACCCCGACUGCAGGACAAUAAAAGGGCUGCAAGCUUUAAUCUUUCGGGAGUGGCUCCAAGCCGGGUUUCCCUUUUCGACCCGGCACAAGCAUUCUUGCUACACGCCUGCUUCGCAGCGCCACAAAACCUCGAGUGCCACGUUUGUUCUUUUUCUGGAUUGUGUUUAUCAGCUAUUCCAUCAGUUUCCCGGAAGUUUCGAGUUCGAUUCACGCUAUUUGGUGAUGUUGUUCGAGCACAGUUACUGCAGCCAGUAUGGAACAUUCCUGGGCGAUAGCGAACGGGAACGUACCGAACUGCGAGUACGGGAACGCACCACUAGUCUUUGGAGCCAUAUCAACCGACCGGAAGUGAUCGAUACCCUGCUCAACCCGAUGUAUGUACCGAACAUGACGGUUAUUUGGCCUUCGGUAGCUCCUCUCAGUCUCACGCUUUGGUCCGAGCUAUAUCUCCGCUGGGUUGUCGACCAAUCCCAGUCAAAGUCUUUCCGAACGGGCAUGCAGAUGAUCGUGUCCGAGGAAAGAGAACUGGAGAGCAGGGUCCGCAAAAUGCGACGGGAGCUGUCGGAACUGCAACGCGAAUUCCAUCGAUUGAAGGAGGAGGAAAGUCUACUAGUUGACACCGAGGACGAAAUCGACGACAGUGUUCUCGACUAGUUAAAACGACCACCAGUUGUUUUUUUUUAAUCUUUGGAACAAGAUGUGUUGACUACUUGACGACCUCACGACGGACGCAAACCUCUCCAAUAAGCAUGAACCGAAGAGAAAGACAUCGAAGUCCAAACGUACCAAUUUAUUGUCUUUAGGUUAUUUUACUUAUCCGUUUAUUUUUUUCUCUUGAAACCACCACCGAAAUUUCUAUUAAAUUUGUUGCAACAAGCAGGGUAAAAGAAAUAUCGGACGCUAACCUCUCCAUUAAGUAUGAAGCGAAGAGAAAGACAUCGAAUCUCAAACGAACCAAUUUAUUGUCUACAUUGUUUUUGGGAUAUUUUACUUAUAUGUUUUUUUUCUCGAAUCAACCACCAAAAUUUCUAUUAAAUUUGUUGCAACAAGCAAGGUAAAAAAAAUCGAACACUAAUCUCCCCAUUAAGUAUGAAUCGAAGAGAAAGCCCAAACGUACCAAUUUAUUGUCUACAUGGUCUGUAGUUAAUAUUACUUAUUUUUUUUCUCGAAUCAACCAUUAAAAUUUCUAUUAAAUUUGUUGCAACAAGCACUUUGGAGAAACUUUGAAAGGUUUUUUCGAACUAAGGAAACCUCUAACAGUCCUUUUAAAUUCGAAGUGCUGCUGUUGAACUGAACUUGAUAAAAUCCUCUUACAGUUUACCGUUUUUUUAGUUUAUUUCUUCACUUAAACACCUUCACUUUUAACUAGUCCCUAUU